AUGUGGUACUCCUCCAUCCGGCCAUCUCACACUGCCACACCCCGUCACGCUAGCCACCGCAUCGCCUCCUCCGCCGCCUGCCGCCCGCCCGCCUCCAUUCGGCUUGGCAAGCGGUGGACCGAAUUUCAGGGUGCUAACAAUUGGGACAACCUCCUUGACCCCCUCGAUCCCACGCUCCGUUCAGAAAUCCUUCGCUACGGGAGUUUCGUGCAAGCAACUUACUCUUCGUGUGACCUGGACACCUCCUCCCCUUCCUACGCCUCAUGCCGCUUUCCCAAACACUCUCUUCUCCGUCUCUCCGGACUCCCUUUUUCCGGCUAUCGCGUCACCCGCAACCUCCACGCCACCUCGGGCUCCCGCCUCCCUCACUGGGCCCCUGCUUCCCUCUCCCGCCAGACCAGCUGGAUCGGCUUCAUUGCUGUCUGCGAUGACGAAGCCGAACUCGCACGCUUAGGCCGCCGUGACAUCGUCAUUGCCCUCCGUGGCACAGUCACCGCCCUCGAAUGGCUUGAUAACCUCCGCGCCACUCUGACCCAUCCUACCCCUUCCUGCACUCCGACUGAUCAUGACCCGGCGCGAACGGAUCCAAUGGUUCAGCGCGGGUUCUGGAGCCUCUUUACAUCCUCCAGCGCCGCCCACCGUAGCCUCUGCGACCAGGUCCGCGACGAGAUCCGCCGCCUGCUCCACCAAUACAGUUGCGACGAAAUGAGCAUCACUAUUACCGGCCACAGCCUCGGCGCCGCCCUUGCUGUUCUCACCGCAAACGAUCUGUCGACAAUGCUGGGUCCUUCUGGGCCAAUGGUGACCGUUGUGUCGUUUGCCGGGCCGCGGGUCGGCAAUGCCAGCUUCCGGAGGCGGAUGGAAGAGCAGGGGAGCAAGGUGCUUCGAAUUGUGAACACAAGUGAUAUCAUCACGAAGGUGCCAGGUUUCGUUGACGAGAGGGAUAAAGAAAAGAUGGUACUAAACUGGCUGAUUUCGAAAUCCGGAUGGGUGUACGCCGAUAUUGGACGGGAACUUCGCGUUAGCGGUCGGCGGACGGCGAACGUGGCGGUGUGUCACGACCUCAGCCAUUACUUGCAGCUGGUGAACCAGCUUAGUGAAGUAUGCCCGUUGGUUUCGCAGGUGGAGAGAUUGCCGAGAGGAUGGCGGGGGGCGGGGAUUCUGGCCGGCGAUGCGUUGUGA